GCCCAUGCUGUCAGCUCGGAGCAGCUGCUGUUCCUUGAGGCCUGGCGAGCGGUUGAUCGCGCUUAUGUGGAUAAGAGCUUCAACGGACAGAGCUGGUUCCGGGUCCGGGAGACCUUUCUGAAAAAGGAGUCCUUCGAGAGCCGCUCGCAAACGUACGACGCCAUUCGUAAACUUGUGGCCUCCCUGGACGAUCCCUUCACUCGGUUCUUAGAGCCCUCCCGUCUGAGUGAGCUCCGGCGGGGCACCCAGAAGAGCUCCGUGACGGGGGUGGGGCUGGAGGUGACGUUCACGGAGGGCAGCGGACUGGCGGGGAGCCUUCUGAAGGUGGUGACGCCAGCGGAAGGUGGCCCCGCCGACCGCGCGGGAGUACGGCCGGGUGACGUCAUCUUGGCAGUGGACGACAAACCCACGAUGGGGAUCAGCCUGUACGAGGCAUCGGAUCUGCUGCAGGGAGGUGCCCCUCAUUCGGUGAGCCGUGUGAGGCGGGCCCCUGGGCCCCCUUUCCUCCUCCCCCUAACCCCCCUUGUCCACAUAACUCGCCUCAGUGAGCUGGUGGUCAUUCGGCCUGUCAGCUAUGCGCUGUGCAGCGGUGUAAAGCCGGCCGUGGGGCUGAAGGGGGAGUCUGGGGGCCCUGAGGGUGCUGGUGACGUGCGGGUGGGCUAUGUGCGUGUGUCGACCUUCAACUCCAAUACACUGGAGGGGGUCACAUCAGCAUUGAAGGAUGCGCAGGCGGCUGGCGCAGACGGCCUGAUUCUCGACCUGCGCAACAACGGCGGCGGCCUCUUUCCGGCUGGUGUGCAAGUGGCCAAGCUGCUGAUGUCCGGCGGCGACAUCGUGCUCAUCUCCGACUCAGCUGGCGUGAGGGACAUCUACACGGCUGACGGCACCUCCUCGCUAGACACGCGGACACCUCUUUCGGUCUGGGUCAACAAGGGAACCGCCAGCGCGUCGGAGGUGCUGGCAGGAGCUCUCAAGGACAGUGGUCGAGGUGUAGUGGUGGGCGAGAAUACCUUUGGCAAGGGGCUCAUUCAAACGGUGGUGGAGCUGAGCGACGGGUCAGGGCUGGCCAUCACCGUGGCCAAGUACCAGACACCCGCCGGUCUGGAUAUUAACCGAGUGGGCAUCACUCCAGAUAUCCGGCUGCCGCCUGACCAGCUGGCCUCGGGGGGCUCAGCGGUGUGUGAGCAGCUGGCUGGACCCGCAGCGCCGCGCGUGUUUGGGUGA